AUGGCGUCAAACAAGGAUAUGCGACGUGCGGAUCUCGCGAUCCCCUACGUCGACCCGCCCAAGAGUGCCAACGAUGCCGAUAUGUCCAGCACCAUGUCGAGCACGAUGCCCAUGGCUGCGAUGUUCAUGCGGAACAGAAUGAUUGGCUGGUAUGUUGCAUCCUUCAAGUGGCUGGUCCCUGAUCUCGCUAACCAUGCCUCCUUAGGGUCUCCUUCGUCUUUUCCCUCCAGACCUGGCUCGCCGAGUCCCCCGAGCAGAAGAAGACUGCUGCUACCCCAGCUUACAUGUCGGUCUUCAUGUCCUGUACGUGCCAAUCAGUCCUGUUCCACCAUCGAUGAUGGCGCUGGUCGUUGUACGUACAUCCACUAUCAUACGCUAUCUUUACCCACCCACCAGUCCUCUGACCGUUCCUUGCAGACCUACUUCCCCAUGUUCCUGCCUCCGCAGGUCGCCAAGGGCACCGCUGCUACUCCCCCCGGCUCCUUCGCCCUCGCCCUAAGCACCCUCUUCUCUUGUGAUACCUUUUACUACCAAUACAACGAGCUUAAUACCUCUGUAUCUUGUUUUGUGUGCAGUCGAGUCUUGACUGGAGAUACGGGCAAUGGCCCAGACCGACUCUGCCUAGUCGAG